AUGGUAGUUAAGGAACUGAAAAGCAAAAUCUUCUUUAUAUGUCAGAAAUUUUUUGAGCAUGUAAUAACUUGGAUUAUCGAUUUAAAAGAAAUUAAAAAUUAAAAUAAAUCAGUUAUUGUUUUUAAUCAAAACAGAAUUCCUUUGGGGUGGCCAAAGCCAUCGACCUAAAUAAUGGUUUUUACAUAAUAAACCAAGAAAGUAAAGGAAAUUCAAAUUCUCCAAGAAUUCUACUUAAAUAAAAUGUAAUCUUUGAGUAUUAUCAUAUAGUUUGGAUGUGAAAAUGGUGCAAUUACAGUUAGAAAAGUUAAAUCAGCUGGAUAAUUAAUAAAUUUGUUGA